UGCCAUGGCUAGGACUUCCAAAACUGUUGAAUAAAAGUGGCAAGAGUGGGCAUCUUUGUCUUGUUCCUCAUCUUAGAAGGGAUACUUUCAGCUUGUCACCAUGGAAUAUGAUGGUAGCUGUGGGUUUGUCAUAUAUGGCCUUUAUUGUGUUGAGGGGUCAUUCUCAUUUGAAGAUUUAUCUGUGGACUUCACCCAGAAGGAAUGGCAGCUACUGGACCCCCAUCAGAAGGACUUAUACAAGGAUGUCAUGUUGGAGAAUUAUAGCAGUCUCGUGUCCCUAGGUUAUGAAGUUAUGAAACCUGGUGUCAUCCUUAAGUUGGAGCAAGGAGAAGAACCAUGGACAGGAGAUGGAGAAAUUCCAAGUUCAGACUCGUUAGAUCAAGUCUUUCAAGUAAACGGUCACAUGACUUGGCACAAGGAUAACAAGAAGUUUAAAAAUAUGAAACAAGAUCAUGAAUGUGAUGCACUUGGAAAAAAGUUUAAUCUGAGCACGAACUUUAUUCCUUUAAGGAAAUCAAACAAAGAAGGUGACAUAGAUGGAUUAAUUUUAAAACAUCAUUUAGAUUUUCUUAUUCCAAAAGCAAACUAUGGAAGAAUGGAACCAGCUGACUUAAACAUAUUUGAUAAAUUAUUUCUCCAUACCAAGACUGAGGAAACUGAUACUUGGUUAAAAUACUAUGCAUGUGAUAAAAUUAGCUAUAAGAAGUCACAGAUCAUCAUAUAUCACAGAAGUCGUUCAGGGGAGAAGCUCUAUGAAUGCAGUGAAUGUAGGAAACGCUUCAGUAAGAAAUCAAGUCUCAUUAAACAUCAGAGCAGACAUAUAAGAGAAAUAGCCUAUGGCUGUGGUAAAUGUGGCAAAACUUUUCCCCAGAAGUCACAGUUUAUUACACAUCAUAGAACUCAUACAGGAGAGAAACCUUACAAUUGUAGCCAGUGUGGGAAAGCCUUCUCCCAAAAGUCACAGCUGACAUCCCAUCAGAGGACACAUACAGGAGAGAAACCAUAUGAAUGUGGUGAGUGUGGGAAAGCCUUCUCCCGGAAGUCACAUCUCAUAUCACAUUGGAGGACACACACAGGAGAGAAACCCUAUGGAUGCACUGAAUGUGGGAGGGCUUUUAGUGAAAAGUCAAAUCUCAUCAAUCAUCAAAGGAUUCAUACAGGAGAGAAACCUUUUGAAUGUAGAGAAUGUGGAAAAGCCUUCAGCAGGAAGUCACAGCUUGUCACACAUCACAGGACCCACACAGGAACAAAACCCUAUGGAUGUAGCGAUUGUAGAAAAGCCUUCUUUGAGAAAUCAGAGCUAAUUAGACAUCAAACAAUUCAUACUGGAGAGAAACCCUAUGAGUGCAGUGAAUGUGGGAAAGCCUUCAGAGAGAGGUCUAGUCUUAUUAACCAUCAGAGAACCCAUACAGGAGAGAAGCCUCAUGGAUGCAUCCAGUGUGGGAAAGCCUUUUCCCAGAAAUCUCACCUCUUAUCACAUCAGAUGACACACACAGGAGAGAAACCGUUUGUAUGCACUAAGUGUGGGAAGGCUUUCAGUAGGAAAUCCCAGCUUGUCAGACAUCAGAGAACUCAUACAGGUGAAAAACCCUACGAGUGUGGUGAGUGUGGGAAAGCUUUCAGUGAAAAAUUAAGCCUCACUAAUCACCAGAGAAUUCAUACAGGAGAAAAACCGUAUGUGUGCAGUGAGUGUGGAAAAGCCUUUUGUCAGAAGUCACAUCUUAUAUCACAUCAGAGGACACACACAGGAGAGAAACCCUAUGAAUGCAGUGAAUGUGGGAAAGCCUUUGGUGAAAAGUCAAGCCUUGCAACACAUCAGAGAACCCAUACAGGAGAAAAACCUUAUGCAUGCAGGGACUGUGAAAAAGCCUUCUCCCAGAAGUCACAGCUCAAUACUCACCAGAGAAUUCACACAGGAGAGAAACCAUAUGGAUGCAGUCUUUGUCAAAAAGCUUUCUUUGAAAAAUCAGAACUAAUUAGACAUCAGAGAACUCAUACAGGAGAAAAGCCUUAUGAAUGCAGUGAAUGUAGGAAAGCCUUCAGGGAGAGGUCAAGUCUCAUAAAUCAUCAGAGGACACAUACAGGAGAGAAACCCUUUGAAUGCAGCGACUGUGGCAAAGCCUUCUCUCGGAAGUCACAUCUCAUACCACAUCAGAGGACACACACAGGAGAGAAACCCUACAGUUGCAGUGAAUGUAGAAAGGCCUUCUCUCAGAAGUCACAGCUUGUUAAUCAUCAGAGAAUCCAUACAGGAGAGAAACCUUUUCAAUGCAGUGAAUGUGGGAAAGCCUUCUCCCAAAAGUCACAGCUCAUUAAUCAUCGGAGAACUCAUACAGUAAAGAAAUCCUAAGAAUAGUAUUAAUGUUAGUCUUUGAAGAGAUCUUACCUCAUCAGUUAUGGUAAAUCUUUCAGAUAAUAGUUACAUCACAUUAUAUGUCUGAAUACACUUUUAAGUUAGGAACUCUAAAUAGGUUAUGUCGGGGAAGCUUUCAGCAGACUGAUGUGUUUCUUAUAUUAGAAUCCAUAGAGGUAGAAUGACCCUAUGAAUUGCAGUGGAUUUCAAAAACAUUUCAAACCAUUGUCAAACCUUUUACAGUAGAAAAUUAACAGUACAGAAGAAUACUGUGACUAUCAGAAAGCUUUCCAGAGAUCAAAUUUCAUUAGCCAUUGGAAAAAUUACCACUGAAAAUGAACCCUAUUCCAGUGAGUUAAGGAAAACUUCAUGAAUACAGCAAGUGAGGUGAUAUUUUCGUCAAGAAAUAACAGCUCAUUGUACAUAAGAAGAUGCCCUCAGGAAUGAAUUCUUUGAAAAUACUAAAUAUGGGACAAUCUUCUGCAAGUAACCCCACCAUAUUGUAUCCUGUGGUUUAGAGACAUUAGAAAUACAUGCCCCUAGAUAUAAUGCUAUAAUGGAAAGCCAUGCACUCUUUAUAGACAUGGGUACCAAAAAUAACUGGUUCUAAAUUAUAUUAAGGCUCAAGUAUGAAGUUUCUAAAAAUGUGAAUAAAUUGAGUCUUUGGAAUACAAAAUUUCUCCAUGGUAUAUAAUAAUGGCUUAUUUUCCUGUGUCACAGGCUGUGUUUUGUAUUUUGGAAUUACAUAUGGUAAUGUAAUUGGGAGCAUGAGAUGUACAUGCCUUGUAGUGCCUCUGAUGUCUAUGAAGACAUACCAUGUGCCACUGGUUUUUCUAUUUCAAUAAUACUAUAAAAAUGGUAACUCAUAGGAUAUGUCUUACUGCUCAAUAAGUAGCAUGUAAUAUCAACACAUUUCCUUAUGAUUUCUUAGUUAAUAAAAGGCUCUGUUGUUGUCACUGACCUUUCUCUUUAGUAGCAAAAGCCAACAUUAUAUAAAGUCUUUUGGAUCCUAGACUCUGAGAAACAGUUUAUAUAUAACCUGGUUAAUAAGUAUUCUAGUGUAGAACUGCAGAAUGGCACGAGUGAAUUGUGAGGAGUGGGCACUGUGGCUCUGCACUCCUGCUCAGUGGCAUUAACUUUGAGCAGAAUGCCCUCCUUAUGUAACAAGGUGCCUCCAUGCAUCCAGUGUGUGUAUCUUAAGUGCUAUGUCACCCACGUACAACUUGUAUUUUAAUUUACUGUGAUGAAUUGUCAUGAAUAUUGUGUGCUGCUAUGAUGUUUUGGUGUUUCGUAAAAUAUCCUGUAAAAAUUAGAUGAAGAAACUAGUACUUGAGAGUCACUAUGCAGAGAAUAUAAAAUAUAGAGGAUUUCGUGGUGAGAACCAUAUUUUUUGUGUAUCCCAGGAAGCCUAUUUUGCCUUCCUGCAGAUUUCUGUGAUUACCAGACAGGUAUCAGAAAACAAGUGUUUAUUAUUUCAUCAUUGGAAAUAUUAGUGUUUCACUUGCCUUUCAACUGUCAUAUCAUGCACCAAGAGAAAUUUCCUAUGUGUGCUUACCAUUUUAUAAGGGUGGUUCCUUCUGAAAAUGCAUGGCCCAUGCCUAGGUUUAUUUAGACUUUUGUAGCAAUCUCUCUAUAAUGUUGUUUGACAAAAUCAACUAUGUUUUUUGUAUGAUGGUGAAAUUCAGAAAAGUCUAGUCUAGUUUCCAUACUUGGAAAAAUCAGGCCUUCUCUCAUGCACAAGUCAUUUUAACAGUGUGGUGUUUGGUACCUUUGAUUCUAGCAGUAUUUUUUUCUUUACGUACAAUUUUACAUCAUUGUUGGAAAAUUGGAAUAUUAAAUAAAUGAGGGUAAAUUCAUGAACUGUUGUACCAGAAUUUCAACAAAGUCCUAUUUCCCAAAUUUUUAUUCAUACAUAAAUUUAUGGACUUCCUACUUUUCUCCCUAAUACCUUAAGGUCAUUUUACCAGGUUGGUGAAACAGACCUUUGUAAAAGAACAAGUAGUUACAGUGUGGUGGUUUACUUUGUGGGUUGCUGUUGUUGUUUUCCAUUUUUUCUUUUCCAUCUAUCCUGGGUCUCUUUCCUCAGCCCAGUGAUUGGCUUGUUGGGUCUUGGAUUGGGUCCAGGAGUCUGUUGUCUAAAAACUUCCUAGUUUUGCUCACUCCUGUUCUAGAUUAUUUUUGAACUAUUAAGCAGUUAAUCUUAGAACUUCCUUUUUGAGAUGAUGAAACUUCACUGGCCUUUUGAUUGAAUCCCAAGGGCAAAUGUGUUUCCUAAGGGUCUGAUGUCAGUCAUCCUGUGCCAGGGCUGAUGCUGGCAGCAGGGGUUUUGUUUAUCAAAAUACCUGAUGUUCCACCUCCCAAGUGUGUGGUGUAGAACUCACUUGGCAUUCUGUCUUCUGAAGAGUCGCAAGAGGCCUCUGAUUCUGAAAUUAGAGAUUCUUAGUGUUACAUUUUUAAGACACCUUGGUAAACCACAAAAAUAUAUUUUCCCUCACUGAUUCCUACUACAAAUGCUGCAUCAAGAAAGCCAGUUUUAAAGUUAGGCUGGAUUUACUUUUGGUUUUGUGAAGCUCAAUAAAUGAGAUUUAGAUGGAAUACUUGAGGAGGAGCAUCGCCUUCCCUUUCCUCGUUCACCUCCCAGGUUCCUCCACUGGUGUGGAAGCAAUCCUGCAGAGCAUACUUUCUAUUAUAUUCCUUACAUUAAAUACUGGAUCUUCUGGAGGUCCUAUCUAUGAAUUCUGAGACCUAUACCAGGAUUGCCUUGUGUUCAGCUUUUCUUUGUGGGCUUUGAUAUUUUCAGACACCAUUAUCUGUAUGGAUAUAUAUGUUCCUGACAUUUUUAUUUCAUGUGACUUUUUGAUCACAUGUAGAACCCUGAGAUGAAAGGAACCCAAAGAAUACCAGACAUAUCUACCAACAUCUGCAUUACAUAGCAAAGUAUACAUCCAUAGACAUUUGGACUCUACACUGGAGAUCUCAGUCAUUUGGUCAUUUACUCCAGUAUGUGCCCAGAUUGUCAAUUUCAUUGAGUUUGUUAGCCUACAAACAUGAUACCAACAAGUUUUCAGAUGCUGAGCACCUAGUGGUGGCCUGCAUGCCAAUUAACUAAUUCAGCUAUGACUCAGCAGCUGUAUGCAUAUUUUUUGCCCUUUUCGUACUUUCAGUUCAUUUUUUGCACUUAUAUACAUACUAUUUAUUUUAAGAUGCAAUUCUGAUUAUAUACUCUUCUAUUGAAAUACCAUGUGGCUAAUUAUAGACUUGGCUUCCCAGGUGGCUCAGCAGUAAAGAAUCUGCCUGCCAGUGUAGGAGACACAGGAGACAUGGCUUUGGUCCCUGGAUCAGGAAGAUCCACCUGGAGAAGGAAUGGCAACCCACUCCAGUAUUUACCUGGAAAAUCCCAUGGACAGAGGAGCCUGGUGGGCUACAGUCCAUGAGGUUGCAAAGAGCUGGACAUGACUGAGCACAUGUGCGUGCACACACACACACACACAUACAAUUGUGGACUGAAGCUGUAAUGUCCUCGUGGUAUAUGAGUACUUUUAUACAAAACCAUACCUGUUCAUAAUUUCUGAAUACUUUAUCUUUCCUCUUACAGUCUUGGUUUUGUUUUGUUUUUGUGUCCUUAACCUACUUGAGAGUUCUACAAUCUCUACAAUCUGUCUUUAUGCUUUUGUGUGUGUGUGCUUUUUUGUCAAUCUACUGCCACUGAAAUGCCCUUGUUCCUUGUUAAUAGCUAUUCAACCUAUGUGAACCUGUACAUGUAUUUCACUGGUGAUAAAAUCGUUGCAUGUUUUCUCUUUCCCAUUAGGAAGCUUCUGGAAAGCUAGGACUCUCUUAUUUGUCUAUAUAAUGUUAACAACUGAAGCUUUGGUACAUAAAUGUGAGUGGUGUCAGUGGCUGUGUUUUCUACCACAUGAGGAGGCAUAGCUGCAAUGAGAGAAGUGUGAAGCCACCACGGAAGCCAAGUCAUGAGCGUCCUGGCUGGGUUCCAGGAUCUGGUUCUUGUCUUGAAGUCUGGGUUUAUCUCUACCAUUUUCUUGCCUUGAUUAUUGGAUUUUCUGUGAGAUAUCCCAAAUAUCCUUAUAAUAAAUCCCCAUGUUUGUUUCA